CCAUGAGCACACAAUCCGGUUGUUCUCUUUGCUGGCAGGAUCUUCGCGUCGUAGUUCUUCAUGUCGCUCUAAUGAAUCCAUUACAAAGAUACGUUUCAACAUAAAAAGAUACAUUAUGCAUAUAUUUGUGUUUAUACAUAUUAAGUGUUUAUAAAUAUAUUACGCGUUUAAUGUAUAUGUGCUUAUAAAUGCAUGUGUAUUACUUUUGUAUCCAUAACUACGUAAGGUUGUUCUGAAUCAGAUGGUAUUGAUUGUUGAUCGAGAUUGUGUAUCGAAAUGGAAAGUAAUAAAUCAAAGGAGAACCACAAAGCAAGUCGAAGGAGAAGCAAGAAAGAGGAAAAGCGCGAGGCAGAAAAGUUGAACUCGAAGAGCGAGGAAUCUAUAUUGUGGCCGUAUUAUUCCGUUACCGGUGCGGAAAACACGAUGAAUAUCAUGCAGCAGGAGACGUCAUCAAAUCUGAACAAUUUGGACAAUGGAUCAAUUGUAGGAAAUGAGAAUAACUCGAAGUCCUCGCUUAUGUGUCCGGCAUUACGCCGACAAUUGGAGACUCAUAAGAAUAUCUUAAAACUUCUGCAUGAGCAUAAGCUAGUUUCCACGCAGAUUAACGGCCAGAGAAUUCUCAGCAUUCAGCCGAUCCGAUGGAAUGGACCAACACCUGGAAUCGAGUGCGAGAUCUUCGUCGGCCGCAUCCCGAAAACGAUUUACGAGGACACUUUGUAUCCGUUGUUCAAAGAGAUCGGCGAGAUCUUUCAGAUCCGAUUAAUGGUAGAUAUGGCCGAAACAACAAGAGGCUAUUGCUUCAUCAUGUACACAAAUCCUAAGGAUGCCGUGCAUGCCAUCGCUCGACUUGACGAAUAUGAGAUCCUACCUGGCAGGAAGAUACGAGUGUUAGCAACGAUUAACAAGUGCAAGCUCUACAUUGGCCCUUUGCCAUGGCAUAUUGCAUCAGAAGAAGUUGUCAAGGUAAUUUACGCAUCAGUAUGGGAUAUUGAGUACGUGUCAAUCUAUCGAUUUCCAAAUCACGACGCAGCUUACGCAAUAGUUUCCUUCAAAUCACAUCGCAAUGCAGCUUUAGCGAGACGAAAAUUGAGACCUGCCAAACUUUUCAAAUGCAACGAAGUACAUGUUGAAUGGGCGCGUGUCGAUUGGAAUCCCUCUAAUGUAUAUGAAGAUCGCGGCACAGUAAACGAUAAGGGCGAUGUGCAGAUCACUCGAAGAUAUUUGCAGCCUAAGAGAGCUGUGUCUUUGGUUUCAACGCAGAACAAAUCGAAUUAUAAUCGGAAGCAGAUCACGCCGAUCUGCCCGCCCAAAAGCAACGGUCGUGUCAGUCCUUCCAAAUCCGCCAAAUGCAACGGUACCCGUUAUUCCACUAUGCUGACUAUGUCGGCUAUGCUAGACGAAUCGCGCAAUAAUAAACUGAAGGUAAACACGGAUAUCAACGACAAUGUGCAGCUGUUGAACGAGCAUUGUAAGGACAAGAUGUACUGGAAGAACGACGCAGAUGCGAACAGUUUUCCCAACUUUGAUAUGUGGAAUUCUAAUCUGGUCCCCUCGUUACCGAACUCGCCCACAGAUUCGAGUAGUUUAAAGAAUUACGAAUCGUUGGAUAAAAUAUUGAAUCAAUCAAUAUACAAUUGGGAGAGCAGCAUAAAAUACGUGUCGCCGAAAACUUCCUCGUUUAAUGGAUAUCGAUAUCCAAAUGAUCCCGGAGUCUCGGAUUAUUGCCAUCCCACUUAUAAUUAUUAUCUGAACAAAACGGUUGAUCAAAAUCAGCCGAUUUCUACCGGCGCCGUUCGGUAUCAGACCUUUCCACAUCAAAGUCGUUCAUCAGCACCGUGUUACAUGCUACUGCAGUCGCAGAAUAAUUAUCUCUAUUCGAAGAAUCUUAUGACUUAUCCGCAGUCGUCGAUCGUUAAUCGUAGCGAUGGUUACGAUCAGUGCGCGCCGUUAUCAGCAAACUGCAGCGAUCACCGAUCAUGUUUUUGCAACGGACAGACGAGCGCUCACAAGCCAAUCGGGAGUUCCACAGUUGGAAAAUUUAACAAUUGCGAAUUUUACGGCGUGACUCCGGCAAAAGUGGAAAACGAGACCGUGGCGGGUUCGGGUCCGGUCAAUUUCACGUCGAGUUGCAAUCAGAAUUGCGCGUCGAACUUCGUGCUGAAUUUUACGCCGAUCUACGCGUCAAGUGCCGCGUCGGAAAAUGCGACGGCACCAUGCGCCGUUUCAUAUAAUACAGCGAGUGAGAAGAAGCGUCCAAAACCAAUCUUAAGUCACACUAACGGCCAUAUUUCAUAAUGGGAAGGAUGUUUUUCUCCAUUCCUUUCCCCCCCCUUUUUUUCUUUUUCCUUUUGUUUCUUUUGACAUCUUACGCAAAUUUUAGAAAACGGCGGCCAUCAAAUACCAAAGAUGACAUUUUUACGUUUAUUUCAUGCAUUAAUAUGACAAUCGGGGAUAUAAUUUUUUUAUUUCUAUUAAUGUUGCUAUCGGCCGUUAGUGUUUGCAUGUAAGCGUAAAGAUUUUUUUUUAUGUAAAUGUUACCGGAAACUCGGUACAUUGCUUAUUUUAUAUUUUAUAAUAUUUUAAUAAGUGUAUGUCAUGCUGCCAUUUUUAAAAUCGCGUAUAAAUCGUUGGCACAUAUUUAUUUUUUAACGAUCUACAUGAUCGCGACUUGCUUACGAAAUGAGCUUACAGAUUUAUAUUGAUUAGUUAAGUUUUAUGUUGAGCGUUCUUAUAUUUAUUUAUAAAGCCUGAUUGACCAUCCACAAAUAUUUUCUAAUCGCACAAUUUUUAAAGGUCUUAGAUUUUUUUACUGUUAUAUUUUUGUUAUCUUUACGUGCUCGAAAUAAGAAAUCCUCUGGAGAACGCGUUAUUAGAAAUUAUGCCAAACUUUCAGAAAUCACGCUAUAUUUUAAGAAUAAGACUGAACAUGAAGGUAGAAAUGACAAUAAGUAGUAUUACAUAAUAAUAUUACAGUGUAAAUGAUUCGACAAGAUGAAAAUAUCAUGUUUCAAGAAAUGUCAUACAAGUACAAAGUACGAAUCAUGUUCUUCCGAAAGCAUUAUGUUACAUUAAGUUACAGUUAAUAACAGUGAUCAAUACCGCUGUUUCUUUAGCAUAUCCGCAUAAAGUGAAUAAUAUUAGGUUAUUAUUCAUUGACUUAUUCAUUGAUCUGACUAUAAUUGUAAGGAAUAAACUUUAAUAGUUUAUCACGAUAUC